AUGGUGGUAGUUUCAAAGAUUGAAACAAUUGAGGAAAUUGAUGAGAGCCAAGAUUUGGUUGUUAAAAGCGAGAAAGAAAAACCAAAACAAUCGGAAUCUGAAUUUACAACAAUUGAGAUCAACGAGACUGAGAAUGUUCCUUUGAAUGACAUCAAAAUUUGUCCCGAAACUGACGUCUGGAUAAAAACUUUUGACCGAAUCGAGAAGAAAAACAAACCUGUAACGCCUGCUCCAAGUUUCGAAGGUGGUUUUUUUUUAUUUCUAAAAUUCCUACUCAAAUUAUGCCUCUGGCCUUUCAUUUUCAAGAAAUCUCAUAGCUUUCAGACUUUCCAGUUGCUCCACCCAGCUACAUAAGCAGAUUGCGUGAAGAUUCUCAAACAAUUCCAUUGAUCACCAUGUUUGUGGUCUGGAUCAUUUUCAUGGUUUGGUAUUUUGUAUACGUCUAA